AGAAGAUAAACUUUACCAGCGUUUAUAAAACUGUAACCAUCAUCAAUUCUUCACGUUUCAGAGACUGUGUUGGAUUUUUAUUUGUUAAAUGAGGGAGAAGAUGAUCUGCAGGAUGCUGCUGCUCCUCAUCCUCUGCUCAUCUGUCUGUGCAGCAACAUUUGUAGUGAAUGUGACACAGAGCUCCUAUCAGGCAGAGGAGAACCACAACAUCACUCUGGAGUGGACCUUCACCACCAAACCUGACGUCUCCUGGAGGUUCCUGUUUAUCAUCUGUAACCUGAUAACUGAUAACAGAGUCUUCACCCUGUAUCAUGUCCAUGAUGGAGUUGAGGUACCAGAGUCUCAGGGGGGACAGUUUGCAGGACGAGUCCAGAGUGACAAAGACGUCCUCAGAGAAGGACGAAUCAGACUUCAUGUGUCCAGACUCAGAACUAAUGAUUCUGGUCUGUAUGUGUGUAAAGUAAAGACAGAUUACGGCUUCAACUCUGAAAAAUGUCAACUGAACGUUACCGGAGAGUUAAGAGAGAAAACAACUUUCUAUCAGACAGAGGAGGACGACACCAUCACCAUCAGAUGGGACAGCCAGAACCAAACAAACAUGUUUCUCACCAACAUCAUCUGUUUUCUUCUCUCAAAACCUGAGAAAUGUUUCUAUAAACUGAUCGAUGGUGUUGAGCUUCCAGAGUCUCAGCAUCAGCAGUUUUCAGGACGAGUUCAGUGUGACAGAGACGCUCUCAGAGAAGGACGAGUCACACUUCAUCUGUCCAGAGUCACAGCUGAAGACUCUGGAAGGUACAGAUGUGAAAUGGUUAAUCAUAACAAGAAGUUAAGGCGAUGGGAGCUUCAGGCUGAGUUUAAUUUUGUUCUGAAUGUGACCCCAAGCUCUCACAAAGAAAGCACAACGUCUGGACCGAUACCUGUAGAAGGUAAAUAAGCUGUUACCAUGGUAACUACAGACAUUAGAAAUGUUUGUAACUUGGUCAAUGUAUAAAUGAACGAACGUAUAAAUUCCCUAAUUAGUUCUGCAACUAUUACAUCAGUGUAAAUGUUCAUCUUCCUGUAAACAC